AUGGGAUCUAACUGAUACUCGCUCAGAGAAAUUGAAAAAAUGGCGGCAACACAGCAAGCAACGAAGGCUCAAACUAUCACUUUGUCUGGCUCCAGUGAAAAGGUGUCUGAGUUUUUUUUGUACGGAAUCAAUAGUUUGCUGUUUCAGAGAGGCAUCUAUCCACCAGAAACCUUCACAAGGAAACAGAAGUAUGGCCUAACGCUUCUAGUUUCAACAGAGAAAGCAUUACAGGACUAUCUCGAUAAUGUAUUAAGGCAACUCAAUGACUGGCUGAAUAAGAAGACUGUGCAGAAAGUAGUAGUUGUAAUUGCCGAAGUAGACUCUGGCGAGGUAAAGGAAAGAUGGCAGUUCGACAUCCAGUGUGACAAAACUAUGACAGAUGAAAGUCAACCAAGAGAAAAGACAGACAAGGAUAUUAAUGCAGGUAUCCGAGCAGUGAUGACUCAAAUUACAGCAACAGUCACUUUUCUUCCUCUUCUAGCUAAUCCAUGUACAUUCAACAUCCUGAUCUACACCGACAAAAAUCUGUCCAUGCCGGAACAGUGGGAGGAAUCUGGACCAUCACUCGUUGCCAACUCACAGGAAGUGAAGUUAAGAUCGUUCACGACCUCCAUUCACAAGGUAGAGGGUGCAGUGUCGUACAGGGUUGACGACAUAUAAAAUGGACUUUAAGAGGGGAGCACCAAAACAUUUGUUUCACAAAACUGUUCUUAGAGUCUUAUUAAAUACAUGCAAGGCCUAAUUUCAUGGCACUGGUUCUCAUGCAAUGGGGGACUUUUGGGACGCUAGGUGGCAGCAGACUUAAGCCCAGUUUGUACUUCCUGCGAAUGCGAUACAAAUUUUGGCGUCACAAAUUCGCAGCAAAUAAUUUGUAUCAGUUGCCCUGUGCUGAACUCCUGGGAAACACUCCCUGCGAAAACAGCCUUGUGGCAUCGCAUUCGCAAGAAGUAUGAACUGGCAACUGGGCUUAAGAUUGUUCUUAGAGUCUCAUUAAAUCCACAUAGGGCCCAAUUUCAAGUGAGAAUACUGUUCUUUGACAAUAAGGUGUCUAGUGCCUAAAAGGUGAUUGGGGUCAUUAUAGAAAAAGUCAAUGCCCUAUUUAGUUCCAAGGUAAACAAAUGUAAAUACAUGUACAUAUACUAUUUUGUAGUAUCUGGGCUCGGUGUCACAAAUUUUUAAGGUUGGUCAUAAGAGUUUGGGUGAUCAGUAAAAUAUGAUGUAACAAUGUAGAUCACCUUGGCAACAGUGUAAGAUCAAUCUCAAAUUUGAGUGAAAUCAAACCCAGGAGAUUGUACUUCCAAAUACGUAAAAAAGCCAAGUUAGUAUUAAUUAUAGGGGCUGUGUCGUCAUGAUCAAAGCACGUCUGUGGCUGUUACAUGAAAUAGUGAAUGCGACUCUUGGCCCGUAUGCUCUCCAUAGAUUUGAUGUGAAGGGAGGGCAAUCGCCUGCAGUAAGUGGGUGAGAGCUAUGUCACCCACAGGCCUACUUUGAUCAUGAUGACACGAACACUUAGAGUAUUAAAGGAACAUGUUGCCUUGGAUCGGUCGAGUUGGUCUUUGAAAAGUGUUUGUAAACGUUUGUUA